AACAAGUUAUCAGCCAUUGUAGCUUUAUAUCGACUUAAAACUCAGAGUGGGUGGUCUGAUAAGAGUUUUAAUGAGCUUCUUGAGACAUUACCAGACAUGCUCCCAAAGGACAAUGUACUUCAGAAGUCGAUGUACUCGGUGAAAAAGUUUCUAAAGACAUUUGAGAUGGGCUAUGAAAAAAUUCAUGCUUGUGAGAAUGAUUGCUGUCUAUUUAGAAAAGAGUACAAGGACUUGGACAAUUGUCCCAAAUAUGGUGCCUCAAGAUGGAAAAAAAACAAGCGGACCAAUGAGAUUAAAAGAGGUGUUCCGGUUAAAGUUUUAAGAUACUUUCCUAUCAUUCCAAGACUCAAAAGGAUGUUCAUCAGGUCUGAGAAAAUGGCUGAAGAUUUAAGGUGGCAUUUCGAUAAUAAAAGUAAUGAUGGGAAAAUGCGUCACCCUGUUGAUUCGGUGACAUGGGACUUGGUUAAUGAUAAAUGGGAAUCAUUUGCAGCUGAUCCACGCAAUCUUAGACUUGGGCUUUCUACUGAUGGUUUCAUUCCCUUCUCCAUGUUAAGCUCCAAAUAUAGUUGUUGGCCGGUGAUGUUGGUUACAUAUAACUUGCCUCCUGCAUUAUGCAUGAAGAAAGAGAAUAUUAUGCUAACACUAUUGAUUCCGGGUCCAAAGCAACCUGGAAACGACAUAGACAUUUAUUUACAACCACUUAUAGAAGACUUGGAACACUUGUGGCACAAUGGAGUGGUGACUUAUGAUGCUUUUAGUAGAACAACAUUCAAUCUCAAAGCAAUUUUGCUAUGGACUAUAAGUGAUUUUCCAGCGUAUGGAAACCUUGCCGGAUGUUGCACAAAGGGGAAAAUGGCAUGUCCACUUUGUGGAAAGAAUACACAUCAUAGAUGGUUAACUCAUAGUAGAAAAUUUGCAUACAUGGGCCAUAGGAAAUUUCUGUCACCUGCACAUUCAUAUCGGGGAAAAAAGACCUGGUUUGACAACAAUGUGGAACAUGGAAGGAAGCCAAGAAUCUUGACAGGUCGGAAUAUUUCAGUUGCUCUUAGAAAUUUUCCAAAUGAUUUUGGAAAAGGUAGUAACAAAAAAAGAAAAAGGAAUGACAAUGCUGAUCCAUAUUCUGAUGGUGAAGACAAUGAUGAUGUAAAUGAUGACUAUGGUGAUCAGGAUGUGCUAUCAAGGUGGAAGAAAAUGUCAAUCUUUUUUAAUUUACCAUAUUGGGAGGAACUUCCAUUUCGUCAUAACUUAGACGUAAUGCAUGUAGAGAAAAAUGUCUGUGAAAGCAUAAUAGGCACAAUGUUGCAUUGUGGUAAGUCAAAAGAUGGACUUAAUGCUCGCAAGGAUUUACAAGAUAUGCAAAUUCGGAAGGAUCUAUAUCCUCAACCUCGUGGAAGCAGAACAUACCUUCCUCCAACUCCAUGGACAUUCUCAAGGUCAGAAAAAAAGAGAUUCUGCAAGAGAUUGUAUGACUUCAAGGGACCUGAUGGUUAUUGCUCAAACAUUAGGAAGUGUGUAUGUUUGGAGGAAUGCAAAGUUAUUGGCCUCAAGUCCCAUGAUUAUCAUGUUCUAAUGCAACAGCUGCUUCCGGUUGCUUUAAGAGGAUUGCUUUCGAAAUGGCCUAGAAAAGCAAUACUUCGGUUAUGUGCUUUCUUCAACAAGCUAUGUCAGCGUGUUAUAGAUAGAGAAAAAAUAGCAAUCUUGGAGGAAGAGAUCAUUGAAACUUUGUGCAUGCUCGAAAGGUUCUUUCCACCUUCUUUUUUUGAUAUUAUGGUGCACUUAAUGGUUCAUCUUGGAAGAGAAGCCCGACUAUGUGGUCCUGUUCAUUUUCGUUGGAUGUAUCCCUUUGAGAGAUAUAUGAAAACACUAAAAGACUACUUCCGGAACCCUGCAAGACCAGAGGGGUGUAUUGCUGAAUCAUAUCUUGCAGAAGAGUGCAUGAGGUUUUGUAGUGAGUUUCUGAAAAAAACAAUACACGUGGAGGAAAAACAAGUUCGCAAUGACUAUUUUGGCAAUGAAGUGAUUCUCGAAGGUCGUCCAAUUUCCGGAGCCACAUCGAUCGCAUUAAGUGAUAGAGAGAAGAAAAUUGCACAUCUUGCUGUGUUAAUGAAUACAGCUGUGGUGGAUCCAUAUUUAGACAUACACUUGGAGGAGUUACAAGAGUCAAACGAACGCCUUAGAAAUGAUGCAACCUUACUUUGGAAUAGACAUACUGAAAAAUUUGCAGAAUGGAUAAAAAAGAAGAUUCCUGUUGAUUCAAAUAACCACUCGGAGACAUUGAAAUGGAUUGCAUAUGGUCCACGGAGUAGUGCGUUGUCUUUUACUGGGUAUAUUGUCAAUGGGCAGCGGUUUCACACAAAAAAUAUUGACAGAGAAACGCAACUAGCAUGUGCAAAUAAAGGUAAUGGUGUUAAGGUUGAAGAUGGAUUUACCCUUGUGAACCUUCACCAAAGUCAAGUAUCAUUUGCGAGAGAUCCAUACAUCCUAGCAUCUCAAGCAAAACAAGUCUUUUAUUCAAGAGAAGAUGAUUCAUCUAAUUGGUAUGUUGUAUUGAAGGCACCACCAAGAGGUUACCAUGAGCUAGAGGUCGACGAUGAAAAUGCAGAUGUAGCCUCAAUGCCACCAGAAAUUGACAUGGAUAUUGACGAGUCUAGUGAUGAAAUUAGAUAUGUCAGGGAGGAUUGUGAAGGCAUAUUUGUGUAA